GUUGGUCGUGUAUUAUUUGUGCCCGAGGGAACGCUGAAAGUCCCACACACACACACACACACACACACACACACACACACACACACACAGGUGACCUGCAGGUGAGCUCAUUACCGGAAGGAACCGCCUCCGUUUUCUCUCUACCCUCUGCCCCAAAGCGCACGCUGAAUCGGAUGUGCCCAGGUGACCUCUGACCCCUAUUAAGUAAUUAAGGAGGGGUGCAGAAUCGGACGUAGUCUUCCUGCAGGAGCCUCUGUUUCCAGGGUUUGGGGUUGAAAUCUCUUCUUCAGGACGUUCUUAUGACUUGUUCAGUAAGUUUAUUUUGGACGAGGUUUCCAGCUGAUCUGAUGAAGAGAGGCCACUGAACGCUGCAUGCUGAGAAGGUGUGAAGGUCAGGAUCUUCUGCUCACAUGGCGGAGCAAAUGUACGACAUUAAAGGAGCUCUGAACUCCGGAAGUCAGUUCUCUGAAGACCCGGAGUUGGAAGCGAUUAAGGCACGAGUGAUGGAGAUGGAGGAAGAGGAGGAAGAAAAGCUGCGGGAAGCGCAGUACUGUUCAGACAAGCCGUUUUCCUACGGCCCUCUACAGACAGCAGGUCUUUUCUACAGCAUGACGCGUGAGGAGAGGAUAGACGCCGACACCAGAUCCGUCUAUGUCGGGAACGUGGAUUACGGGACGACCGCAGAAGAGCUGGAGAUCUACUUUAACGGCUGCGGCCACGUCAACAGGGUCACGAUCCUGUGUGACAAAUUCACCGGUCAUCCAAAAGGGUUUGCGUACAUCGAGUUCUCCGACAGAGAGUCUGUGAGAAUGGCAAUGGCUUUGGAUGAAACCUUGUUCAGGGGACGAGUCAUUAAGGUUUUACCCAAACGCACCAACAUGCCCGGCAUCAGCAGCACAGACCGAGGAUUCGUGCGAGGAGGGCGUUUCCGGGGCAGAGGCGUCCGCACUUCCCGGUUCCAUAACGGCUUCCAGGGCAGAUUCCGUGGCUUUAUCAGGGGAAGUGGAAGAGCUCAGCCGUGGUACAUUUCCUACUGACAGAAUGAAAAGAAUCUUUUAGUUUUAUUAUCAUUUUUCUUUUCUGAGCACUCCUGGUGCCGAAGUUCAGUGCUGUUACGUUCCUGCCUUCACCCGACUCCGUCUACACAUCGAUGAUCAGAGUUACAUUUUAUGUGCAUUUUUUUUUUUCUGUCUGAUUUAAAGCCUGAAUGACUGAGACUUGAUUUACACCGAUAUUAUUUUAUUUAUCCAUCUUUUUUUUUAUAUAUAUAUAUAUAUAUAUAUAUAUAUAUAUAUAUAUAUAUAUAUAUAUAUAUAUAUAUAUAUAUAUAUAUUGUCCUUUCUGUAAAUAAAAAGAGCUGGGUGGGAGGCUGGAUCCACUUCGUAAUUCUGUAUUUUCUUUAUCUAAUUUUUCUAUCUCUGUUCGUUGUUUAAUGUAAAUCGUUGACUGGAAAAAAAUGAAUAAAUAAACAAUUUUCUUUGCUCUUUCCUGUA